GAAGGGGCUCAAAACGGAGUGAAGAGCAGGUCACAAAACCGGGUAUUACUUGGUCACAGGGUAACGUUUUCGCACAGUAUUCCCGACCCCAGAACAGGACUGCAAAUCACGGUAGUCACAGACAACCUGAUCCAGACAAGCGCAGUGUGGCGCCGAAACCAGGAGACAUCCGAGUUACCUGGGCUCCAGCCGGCCUCAGGGCCCCAGCGAUUCCCGCUCAUCUCGCCCCGGAAUGGACAGCCUCUGCUGACCGAGGCUUUCCCCGAGCGGACGGCGAGGCGAGGCGAAGCGAAGCCGGCGGCCAGGGCCACGCCCCUCAGGCCUGAGCUCCGCGGCGGGCGCCGAGCAUUCUCUCCAGGCGGGGCAGGCAGAGUACCUUCACCACCGGGAGGCUGCGGCGCCGCUGGAGGAGGGGUUCUGACACUACCUCCUCCACCCCAGCUCAGUCCUGCUGAUCUUUCUGCUUCUUCCCUACCUGGCCGUCUCUGGCUAGAACUCGACGGCUGCCAUUGGCUUAGCGGCCUCAUCCGGGCACGGCGCAACGCUGCUGCUCAGCUCGAUCGUCCCAAUAUGGCGGAGGCUUCCUUUGGGAGUUCGAGCCCAGUUGGCUCUUUAUCGUCUGAGGAUCAUGACUUUGACCCUUCUGCUGAAAUGCUGGUACAUGAUUAUGAUGAUGAGCGAACUCUUGAAGAAGAGGAGGAAAUGAUGGAAGGAAACAAAAAUUUCAGCUCUGAAAUUGAAGAUUUAGAAAAGGAAGGAAACAUGCCAUUGGAGGAUUUACUGGCAUUCUAUGGCUAUGAACCUGCAAUUCCAGUUAUGGCUGGUUCCAGUGUGGAUAGCUCUCCAAGUGAACUUGCAGAUGAGCUUCCAGAUAUGACUCUAGAUAAAGAGGAGAUAGCUAAAGACCUCUUGUCAGGUGAUGAUGAAGAAACACAGUCCUCUGCUGAUGACUUGACACCAUCAGUUACUUCACAUGAGGCUACCGACUUCUUUCCUCGGCCAUUAAGAUCAAACACUACGUGUGAUGGAGAUAAGGAAUCAGAUGGUGAAGACAUAGAGGCAGACAAUGGUAAUUCAUCUGAAGAUUUGAGAAAGGAAAUAAUGGUUGGUUCACAGUAUCAGGCUGAAAUUCCACCUUACCUUGGCAUAUACAGUGAUAAUGAAAAGGCCUAUGAAAAUGAAGACCAUUUACUGUGGAAACCUGGUGUGAUCUCAGAAAGUAAAGUUAAAGAAUACCUUUUUGAAACCUCCUUAAGAGCAGGAAAUGAAAAUAUGAUUGGCAGGAUUUCUGAAGGACUACAUACACGGGACAAUGAACAAGCACUAUAUGAACUUCUCAAAAGUAGCCAUAAUAUUAAAGAAGCAAUUGAGAGAUACUGCUCAGAUGGAAAGGCAUCUCAGGGUAAGAGACUGUUUAAGAAACAUGUCUUUGGAGGGGGAGGAUAA